AUGCUAGCCUACAAGGAAAUUUCCACUAUCGGCACGGGCCUGAUCCUCGUCGCCACCUCAUUCAUCAUGGGUGUUUUUUACGCUAAUCAAGCGUACGACUUCCACGUUCUAUUCAACCCUCAAGUUGCUCAGUCUCACUUCGACAACAGUUUGCGUCAUUACCAGACUCUAGCCGACACCCCAGGUGCGGUUCUUGGCGGUCUGGCCUUCGUUACCUUCGUGGGUCUUGUGGGCUGUCUGAUCCGCAUCUAUAAGCCAAAUCCCGAUUUGCAAACAUUUGAAUACGCAUCCGUUGUAAUGUAUGUGAUCGGAAUCUGCCUUUUCAUCACAAACAUCAAAACUGGUGUUGAAUCGGCCGUUUCUGGCAACUGGGGUGAGGUCACCCAGAACCAAGGUGUGGCUGUCAUUGGCUCCUCCAACAUCAUUCUACUGCUUGUCUUCAUCGGUGUCCUGGUCUUGCAGGCCGGUUUGUGGUACUCCAAUUGGGAAUACCAAGUGCGUUUGGACAAGUUUCUAGCUGAAGAAGCGGCCGCCAACAAGGCUGAGGAAACUCAACCUAAGGAUAAGGAGCCCAAGAAGCAGAAAUAA